AUGGACUAUUCAAUACGAAUUAGUAUUUAUAGAGAAAAUAGGGCACAUAGAGCUGUACCGCACCUCAACAACUCAGAGCUACCCAGACCAGUUAUUGUAAGACCCUUUCCAUUCCUCAACAUUCUGACCAAACUGAGCUCCGAUCCCGACCUGGAUUAUAUCUACACUUUAGGUGAAAGCACAGGAUUCAAUGACAUUUUACAUAGAGAGGACUUGCAAUUCACAUAUUUCGUAACUACAGAUCGAUUUUGGAACAUGGUGAAGCAAGAAGGCUUAAAACAAGUUGAAAAAGACUUGGAUAUACUCAAAAGGCAUUUGGUCAUUGCUCAGAAAAGUUACACCAUAGAAAAAUUGGUAGAUAUGAGUAAGGUCGACUAUUACUUCACAAAUGUUGAUUUGCCAACAGAAAAUGGAGUUUUGAGGAUUAUGGUCAGAGAGAAAGAUGGACAGUACUACCUUAUAUGGAGAAACAAGCUGAUGCACGUUUUGAAACCGAACUAUAUGUGUACCAAUGGAAUCGUUCAUAUCAUAUCAGGACCGUUCACGAUAUUCGACGAUCCGCACGAAAAGAAGUCAUGGACAGUUAAGAGAAAUUUUCUAGAAAAGCUUAUUACUGUCCUGAAAGUCACAUUUGCUUCUCUCUAAACAUUCGAGUAACGUAGAGGAAUCUUUUGGAAUGAGAUCCAAAAAAAGUUUCCUGGAUUUGUGCAUUGGGACCUGAAGAACUCAUAUAUUACAAGUUUUAUGUGAAUCCGAGACAUUACUAAUAUUCCCUUUCUUUUAGAAUGUGUUGUAAUUUUGAACUCAUUUUAUGAAUUUAUGUAUAAAUGUAUGUGUUCUAAUAGGCUCUUCGAGAUUUUGAUUUUAAGCAGUAUCAACAGUUAUGGCAAAAUAUCAUACUUGUUUAUACAGGGUGUUCCUUAAUGAAAUGCGAAUAUUUGAGGGUGUGAAUCAGCAUGAAAAAUUAAUGUUAGUUUGCUUUAUAAACUAUGGUCCAAAAAUGUUUCCUCGCAAAAACUCGGGGUGUUGAAGUUUUAGGAAAAAAAUGGAAAUUAAUUAAUAUUUUCAGAACCGCAUCAGAUAUUUCACUGAUAUUUAGUACGUAGUGAAAGUUGAUAAAGUUGCAUAUUUUUCAAUGCAAAAAUAAUUUUUAGCUUUAACAGUGGCGUGCGUACGAGUAUUGACUACGAUAUUUUUUAAGAAAAAAAUGGUACGCCAAUAGUUUUUGCCAAAUAAAAAUUAAAUUUGAAUUCCCCGUUCAAUUUAAAACAAAUGAUCUCUCUUGAAUUGUUUUCCUUUGAUGCGCCAUUUUUGAGUAGAAAAAUAAAAACCGUUCUAUUGUCCGAGAAAAUUAAUGUAAUAAUUGAAUAAUGCAAUUUAGCAAUAAAUAUCUAGUUGUUCUGGAAUAUGUCACUGGCUUUUGUCAUCUGACAAGUUUCUGUAUUAUCCGAAUGUAGAAGUGUAUAAGUUGUUAAAUAAAUGAUUUUCUCUAAAUGUUUUUACAGAUGAUCGUCCUUCAACUAAAAUUUUCAGUAAGGUUUUAGUUCCAUCGCAGCCCAAUUUCACCAUUAGCUUGAAAAAUAUGUUGCUCAAGGUCAUUAAUAGUCUUCGUAAUAUUUACAAGGAAUCUCUCACCAUGCCCUGGCGAGGAAAUAUUGUGAUCUCGAAAAACUUCGAAAAAUGGAAUAUUGUUUUUUGGAUAUUACAUAAUGGAAAAUCACUAAUUUCAGUCGAUCUGUUUGUGUUUCGGUCUGUUUGUCUAUCUGUCCGCUAAUCCUUGACCCCUCUAUAAUUAUCGCUCGGAUUUUGCUGAAAUUUUGAUGUAGGAUACUGCUAAUCCAAGAAAGAAAAAGUUCUGUAGUUUUUGAAAAUUUUAUGACGUGUCAUGGCACAUUUUUAUUUUCAGAAAAAAAUGUUAAGCAAUUGUAAUUUGGGAUUGUGCAGGAUGGCCAACUAAGAAUGCCAGGUAUCUGGGAACCUACCCGGAAAAAAAAUUACCUACUAAAACGGCCAAGAGAAAAAUCUAGAAAAUAUGUUCAAGUCUCGGGGGCGUAACUGCAAUGUCGAAUCUAAAAGAGUGAUGUUUCUGUAAAUUCCGCUACAUUAACCUAACAAAAAAUACCUAAUCUUUAAAUUCGAGGAUUGUUUGACAAUUUUUGCUGUAUCUCUAAAAAUAAAGUGGUGGGGGGUAUUCAAAUAUUGCCAUAAAAAAGCCUGUAUCUUCGAAACAGCUGAGCCGGUUU